CUAUUACAGCCUUCUACGUCCAUAUCGCAACUUGGUCGUCAACAUGGUUAUCAACCUCAUCUCGGACGAACAUCCCAAUGUGGCCGGUGGCUGGUGGCAAGUGUGGCUACAGCCUGAUGUGGCGGUGCCGUGGUGCAAUUAAGGAACCUACGCGUUGCACGGCCAACAAGAGCGCGUUUCGCCAUCAUCACCAUCGCACAGUGACGCAAUUCCACUCGACAGGGCUGUCUCGUAUGCCCAUUGCCCUCGCUCAAACGGAACCUGAUCGCUUCUGUGAAACCCUCCGCCAUGCUUCCGCCACGCCCUCCCGCAGACCCCUACGACGUGCCGGCGUCACCUCAGCGGAGCAACCGGAAGGACGUUACGGAUUCUCCCAUGACCCGGCGCAGCCUGUCCGCCGCUCCGGCACGCGACAACAAGCGCGACAGCGACGCAACCGUGACGGCUGCUUCCAGCGCCUCCGAGAAGAAGGAGUUGCAGAACGGAUCCGCCAAUGCUAAGAAGACCGAUACACCUGAUAAGCAAACCCCCAAGAAGAAGGCCGAAGAAGCCAAGCCCGCCGACGAGGCUCCUGCCGAGAGCAGCACCUCCAAGGCCACCCCAUCCAAGGCCGAACCGGGCACCGAGCUCGAGAUUGAGAAAUUCGACUCUCACCGCAUCGACGAGGCGAACGCGACCGUAGAUAUCUCGGUGGUAUGGGCAAACGGCGAGACGUCGUGGGAGUCGGAAUGGAGCCUCCAGAACCAGGUGCCCACGCUCGUCUUCAAGUACUGGGACAGCCUCGACGGACGCGAGGCUGCCACGGGCUUGGACAUCUACCACGUCUUCCGCAUCCUCAAGCGCGCCACGCCCCCCAAGGCCAAGAAGAACCGCUACAUGUACCAGGUGCAGUGGGUUGGCUACCGCCGCACCGAAGCAACGUGGGAGCACGAGGACAAGAUCAGGGAGAUUGCGCCCGAUGAGCUCAUCAAGUUUGAGGCCAAGAACGGUGCCUCUUCGGAUGCUCCGCCGCAGAAGCGUGUUAUCGGCCGUGGCCCGGGUCGCCCCAGGAAGAAGCCCAAGACGUCUCAGAACUCGGACUAAGCGUCGACUGGGAGUUGGUAUGGGUUCUGAGCAGUUGACGACGCCUGCUACGGACUCUGGCAUGAUGAGAUGAGUUGAGAUGAGGUCGGCCAUGGUUGUACGCGACGGGAUGAUACAUGUGGGCUGUGGUCUUUGUGUCUCAAGUGGGUGGCUGAUGGUCAGCAUCACUUGGGACGUUCCACAGCACAGAGGAUAGGGGAGUGACGGAAGUUGUGGUACAUCCUUCGGGUUGAACCAUUGCCCCUUUUAAUCACGAUUGUAACACGGGUUGCGUUGGUUACACUGGAGAAUGUAGAUGAUUGAAGCAUAGGCGCGCGGUACUAGGCAUGAAUUUGUUCGUUU